AGUGAGGCGGUGCCUCCCCCUUCGCUCGUGACGGGAAGUGAAAAAGCCGAGAGCUCUCAGGAAACGAGUGGCCGACGGAUGAGUUUGGCUCUCCAUCUCAUGGAUUUCAGCUGUCUUUGAAAUGAAGAAACUGCUCAAGAUCUGAAGGACAUAGAAUUUAUUCUGUUCUGCCAUUGAGUUGCUUACGUUCUCAGUAUUAAAAAAGAUCAGCAGCUGUAAUAAUGUCUACUCACCCGAAAAGCUACAAUCCUUUUGAUGAUGAUGAAGAUGAUGACUUCAAGCCAGUGAAGUGGAAUGACAGAAAUGAUGAUUAUGAUGACCCUGCUGAAAGGCAGCGCCGGGAAGCUACAGAUCAGCAGAGGUAUCUGCAGCAAGAAGUUCUGAGGCGGUCCCAGGCCACUGUGGAUAGCACUCAUCGGUCACUUGGCCUCAUUUACGAAUCGGAACAUAUUGGAGUAGAGAUGUCGGAGGAGCUUACACGGCAGGGUGAAGCUCUGAAACGUAGCGAGCGAAUGGUGGACAAGAUGGAGCAAGAUUUAAAAACAAGCCAGAAACACAUCAACAGCAUUAAAAGUGUGUUUGGUGGCUUUGUAAAUUACUUUAAAGCCAAGCCGCCAGAGACCAAGCCUGAGCAGAAUGGAGCCUCUGAUUAUCAAGCGAGCAACAGAUUAAAAGAAGCCAUGACAGUUAGUAAGGAGCAAGAAUCAAAGUACCAGGAAAGUCAUCCAAACUUAAGGAAGCUGAAUAAUUCAGACUGCAGUUCCGAAGGAGCCAGUUCAAAUUCUUCUGUCCCAGCAGAUAAUUAUCCCAAGAAUCAAUAUCUCCGAUCUUACCACCAGAAAGUUGACAGCAAUUUAGAUGAAAUGUCCUCUGGGUUGGGCCGUCUGAAGAAUUUAGCGCUUGGCUUGCAGUCUGAAAUCGAAAGUCAAGAUGAAAUCCUGGGCCGCCUUACCACAAAAGUUGAUACUCUAGACAUCAAUAUUAAAAGCACGGACAAAAAAGUCAGGCAGCUUUAAAGAGUUCCAGUCUCUGACUUCUGUAUGAGACUCAUUCGAUCUUUCUAUAGACAGACAUUGUUGUACUGUUUGAGAAAAUGAUCUUUUUUUUCUUUGCUGGAAUAUGACUGGCAUGCCUUGUGAUUAAAACUACAUCACCUGAAGUGCAAUAUGAGAGAUUUAAACCACCUUCUUUGAUGUACACCUGCCUAAGGAUAUUCUUAAGCAGUAUAUCUUUGAGUCUCUGGCUUGAAGUGAAAAGGCUCUAAACAAAACAUAUACAUCUAAUGUGCCACUUUUUUCUGUAGAAGCAUUAAUUUGGUUUUGUCAGCAUUCAAUGGGAUAAAAAUGCAUGUGUGGUUUCUUUCAAACAAGUGCUGCUCAAUUUUCAUUGUUCUCAUGAACUGUAGAUUUAUUAUUCAUCAGUAUUUUAGAGUUUUGGCAAACCCGAGAAAUAUUGAAAUAACUUCCCUUGUAUAGUGUAACUUUGCCCCCAAAAGCAAAGCAAUAAUAAGUAGUAAAUAGUGGAUGCAGUGACAGGUUAUCUGUUGACAUAGUUGGUGGAUGCCUAUAUAGUCAAGCCUGGACUUAGAAACUGAGAUUUAGUCCAAAGGGCAAGGUCAGUUUUUUUUUAAGAGCUUGUAAUAUUUUUAAAUAUACCCCACAGUGGGGUGACUGUUUAUGACAAUUUCACCAAAUUAGAUCCAUCUCUCUGUUCAAUAUUUAAACCUCUGUUUCUCCAACAUACAGAUAAGGCAAACUGCUUUUGCAACUGAGUUUCUUUCAAAAGCAGUAGUUAAUGUGGAAUUUAAGUCUGCCCUAUGGAUCCUUGCUGAUAACUUUAGUCACGUGCUUGAUGACUCCCUAUCCCAUUAGUCCUAAAAAGUAUUUCUGAUUAUGGUCACAUGUUGAAAUAUGCAUCAUACUUCCCAGCAACUGCUUUAUAAGCAGAUUCUGUAAUGAGGCUUGUCUUUCUCCCCCCCCCCCCUCCUGUUAAUUCUACAUAGUGGCCUUGGUGUUUAUGUGAUAGAAAAGCACAGCAUUACAACCGUCCAUGCUUCAUGGGAACAUAAUGCAUAAUGGCAAAUACCAUCUCUCUAGCCCCUGUGGUGAAUCAUAGUAGUAACCUCUGGUAAUUGCAAUAAUUAAUAUAAUUGCUGCUGUCACAAACGUCACUGGUGAUCUGCUACCAGCUGGGCAUCUUGAAGUCUCAAUUAGAAGAGGACAUUGAUGAGAACUUUUACAUUGACUUCUGUUUUUAACCCCCAAUUAGUUCCCUGGAAACUUGGCAGAAGGCUCAGUGCUAUGGUAUCAAAACAUCAGUUCCCUCCUCGCUGUUACGACAGUUACUUUCUUUGUCCACCUCUCUCAUCGUGGCCAAGGUUAAAUCUGAAUGACUUGUCUCAUGUAAGUUCUGUUGUAAUCUUAGGGAACGUAUAUGUCUUCUGACUAUCAAAGAAUUGUACUUGGGGGAAGGACAAGAGGAGGAGGGGUGAGUAUUGGCCUUACUUGGUUUUACUUUCUUGCCAUAGGAACUUUAAAAUAAUGCGGGUGACUUUGUAGAAGAUCUGUGUGUGCACAUCCUCUCCCACAGCCCAGGAGAAUCACGGCACAUCCACUGAACGAUGGCCACAAUUAGAUUAACAGAGCCUGUUUUACACGUUGAUUUAUGUUACGUUAAGUAGUUAGUACUUGAUUAAUAGCAGAAAGCAGUGAUGAAGUGUUAGAGAGAGAAUCAGCGGGAGUUUGACUUUCAAGCUUUACUUACUUCAUACCAUAGAAAUAGAACUUUCUUUCUGAGACGGACCAGGCAAAGCAACCCCUUAGGGUUUGCUUUUGUGUGUGUGAAAUGGUGGGGGGUGGGGGUGGUUAGAUUUCUGUUAGAUUCAGCAAUGACAGUAGCUGUAGUGUUGGAUUUUUCAUUAUGGUUGAGGGGAAGUAAAGGCAAGUUGGAAGAAAAAGGAGCCUGCCUUCUCUCACCCCCAUACCAAUUAAGUUUGGUUUCUUUUGCCAACAGGCAGGCUUAGAAAGCUGCACUUUGAAUGUUCUUUGCAUCAUAAUGGCAACUGUACCAAGUAAAGUCUCCGUUUCCCCCCUUUUGGAACGUUCUGCGCUUAACACUCCAGCUCCUUCUUAGUUUUGUCCCAUUUUCUAUAUUCUGACAUGGGAAAGAAAAUCAGCACCCCUGUUGCCAUUCUCCCUACCCGCCAACUAAUUAGCAACAUCAGCUUGGUUCUUGGCCUUUUGUCUUCUACUGGCUUUCUCUGAGGUUGCUGUCCACAUUGGGGAUGUCUUGUGGGGGCGGGGGAGAAGCUGUGCUUAGACAAAUGUGGGCCACUGUCUAUAACUUCCCUGCUUUUAGUGACUGCACUGUGCACCAUCUGCUGUGACAGAGGGCAAAGCAAUGGGGCUAGAGGAAGAAACGAAACAAUUUUGUAAUACUGAAUCCACUCUACAGCAAACUUUUUAAAAAAUACUAUCUUGUGAAAACCAGAAAGUUAUCUAUUCCCCUUCUUAAAUACGGAUUCAGUUAUUAUUGAAGGUUUAGUUUUUGUAGGCUUAAUUUUCUUUCAAGUAGCAGUUCAAUACAUGUAUUUAGAAAGUGUUUUAUAUUCAGCUUCUAAAUAAUUUCUUGAGUCCAGGUGGAGGUUGGAUAAAAGAUGCUCAUUAGUUAUGUCUGGGUUUUUUCCCCUGAAUAUGCAGCAUAGCUUAGGAUUCAGAGAACUGUGAGAAGUGUGGAAGGCUGCAUCCUGUACUGGGUAAAGAUUUCUAAUAUAUUUGUAUUAAGACAUAGUCUUUGCCCUCGUUCUUACUGAUGUAAACCUGUAUUGUACUAUUUCAUUUUGGUUUUAUAUGACUGAAUGUUCCUCCAUCCGGGGCUGAGGAGUGUCUCUGCAUGGAAAACUAGCAUGUCAAGGAGAAGAUAAUGCUAGACUGCUGUUUGGAGGAAAUUUUUUGUAUCGAGAUUCAUUCUUGAUAGGCCUCACUCCCUAGUUUGAAGUGGUACAGUCCACUUUGGUUUGGUGAGAAACUGGCUUUUUUAAUGGUGUUCAUGGGGUUACUCAUUCAUUGCAUGGGGUAAAAGACAGCGUCGAACAGUAGAUGUUUUUCCAUGCACAUACUGCAUUUGUUGGUUACAUAGGAUACAAUCUUCCCAGCUUUGCUGGUCUUUUGGUCUGCAUUUCAAUGGACCUUGCUCAGGAAUUCCAUACAUACACACAUUCUUCCUCACACCAUUAUUGAGAGGAGAGGAGGUUGCACAGCUGCACUAAGGAAGGUUAUGACUUAGUGUAUGAGACUCUGGCAACCAAAUAGUUCAUCGUCUGCUGCAGGUAGGUGAAGUUAAGGAUGUUCUCUUGAAGCAGCAGCAUUCUUUAGAGAUCUUUAAAAUGUUUAGGAGUUCUAAAGUGCCCUUUCUUGGCAUAGGUCUUAUGAACAGUAUGCCCCCUCCUAAGGGUAAAGUUUUACAGUCAUAGCUGUCCUAUAUUCAAGUGAUGGACCAAAAUUACAGGACAUGAACUAGUGCACCUACAUGAUUGCCGCAAGGUCCAGUAGCCACCUAACUGCAAUUGCUGCAAUGGUCCCUAGAGUUCAGUUUCUUAGCGCAGGAUUUCAUACCGAAGAUACCUUUAUAAAAGCUCCAUUAGCUGUUACUUCAGUUUAACUGAAAUAAAAUCAUCCAGGCAUCGCAGCUGAUGGGUACUGUGGCUUAUUCGGAGUAGGAAGCAGCUGCCCUGACACUUCAGUGCCUUGGCUUUUUCUUGGAAAAUGCGAUUCAUGGGUUGAACCCCUGCCCAGUUCAUUUACUCAUUGACUGACUUCCUUUCAUUCUGGAGUUCAAUUUGAAUUCUUGGUGAACACUUUAGUCAUUCUUUUUUAUUGCAAAAGUGUACUUCUGCAAAAUGGAGUGGCUGUACUUCAUAAUGUCGCCAUUUCAGCUUUGGAAAGCAGCUGACACUUAAAUUCUCUGUUCAUUGAUGAUGAAGCCUUUCUCUCUUUGUCCAUCUGAAGUAUAAAUUGUUGUGAUAGAGAUGUGGAAAUAACAAUCUUUCUUUGUAAGCUAACUUGUAUCUUUUGAUCAACUACUAAGCUAACACACUUCUUUUUAAUUGCAAGAUGAGACUGAAAUAUGGAUUUGCAGUUUUAACUGCAUUGAACGUGCUUUGGACAGUCGAAUGCUUAAUAAAGGUGCUUGUUCGUUAA